CACAGAACUUGUUGCAUGUUAAGGACAUUUGUCUGUAAAAUUUGUUUCCAGUUUUGACCUGAGAAGAUGAAUAAGGUUGUUUUGGUGACGGGAGCAAAUAGUGGCAUCGGCCUGGCGCUUUGCGAGCGUCUCCUCUCGCAGGACUCGGAAGACCUGCAGCUGGUACUGGCCUGCAGGAACAUGCGUCGGGCUCAGGGCGCUCGCGCUGCUCUCCUCACGUCUCACCCCAAGGCUCAAGUGGCCCUGCUGCAGCUGGACACCAGCAGCAUCUCCUCUGUCAUCAGCGCUGCAGGGGAGGUCAAGCUCAGGUAUAACCGAUUAGAUUACCUCUACCUGAACGCAGGAAUCAUGCCAAACCCACAGUUUGAUGUAAAAGCCUUUUUCAAAGGCCUCUUCUCAAGCAAUGUUGUUACCAUGCUUGCUACCGGUGCGGGGAUUCUGACGCAGAAGGACGACGUCACCUCUGAUGGCCUGCAAGAAGUUUUUGCAACCAACCUGUUUGGUCAUUUCCUACUAAUAAGGGAGCUGGAGCCAGUUCUGUGCCACACAGGUCGGACCUCACAGCUGAUCUGGACCUCCUCCAUUAAUGCCCACCGCUCAGCUUUCAACCUUGAGGACGUACAGCACCUGAGAGGCACCCAGCCCUACAGCUCCUCCAAAUAUGCCUCCGACCUGCUCAGCCUGGCGCUCAACACACACUACAACAAACAGGGUUUGUUCUCAUCUGUGAUUUGUCCUGGUUUUGUGAUGACCAGUCUGACCUACGGCAUCCUGCCCUCUUUCCCAGCAUUCCUCUGGACCCUGCUAAUGCCUCUCUUUUGGCUUAUAAGAAUGUUCACCAACAAUUUCACCCUGACCCCUUAUAAUGGAGCUGAAGCCCUGUUUUGGUUGUUUAAGCAAAAUCCUGAAUCACUGGACCCACAAGUGAAGUACCACAGCUUAACAUCUGGACUGGGCAACAACUACACACAACCACGGAAGAUGGACGUCGAUUUGGAAACGUCAGAGGUCUUUUAUGACAAAUUACUGCAACUGGAAAGUGACGUAAGGAAGAAGCUGAAGGAAAAACAAAUAUAACCAACCCCACAUCUUUGACAGUGGUCCUGCAGGAUCUGGAUCAUCUUGAUGGAUAUCACUCAGUUCUGUGAAAGAAAGAUUUUACUUCUGCAGCACGCACACUGUCAGACUUUACAGAAUUAACCAUCCUCCAUGGACAUCUGAAAUCAAAACAAAUUGCAGUGACUGCAAUUAUUUGAAGUUUAAUUUAGCUGUUUGCAUCUGUUUUAUCUGUAUCGUGCUAAAAAAUAAAAUGUCUGCCGUGAUGGCUUGGCAGAGAGCUGAGGAGAACAACA